AUGUUUGAUUUGAUUCAUGAAAUGUCUCACUUAUGGCGAAUGUACAACAGAGCUAGAGGAAUAGCUCUUUCUAAUGAACAGUUUGACUUCUUCUUUGAUUCAGAGUCUGAGUUAACUACGGUCUUAGAUAUCGGUGCUUGGACCUUUAAUGACUGGAGUAUUACGCUGGAGCGAUGGGUGGAGAAACCGCCAGCUGAUUACUUGAAUGUGCCGCCAAUAUGGAUCCGUCUUCGCAAUAUUCCGGUGAACUUUAACACAGCUGAUACCAUUAAGGAAAUUGCAGCGCAUAUUGGACAGUUAUUGUUGCUUUUGAUCCCUUGA